AUGGCGAAAGUGCCCAUCCUGGUAUAUACCGCCUUCGCGGCUGCAGUGGCGGCACUCUGUGGGGGCUUGUCUUUCGUUGUGCCAUCCAGCCAUGCGCAGUUGCAGGUGCCCUUCCAGUCGCAGUUUGCCAAGGGCCCCUCCCGGCCAACCACCGUGUUCGCGUCCGCGUCGGUGCCAGUAGCCGUCAGCCUCGCCCUCGUCGGCGUCUCCGCAGCGCUGGCGCUCGUGUCCCGCCGGGCCGUGGCCGCGCCUGCGCGUACUCAGUUGCGAGCGGUGGUCAGCUAUGAGUCUGGCAAGGCCCGCUUCACGCUCCCGGACGGGGUGGAGGCGCCGAAGAAGUGGAGCGCCGCGACCGAGCUGGGCGUGCAGGCGCCCACUGGUUUCUGGGACCCGGCCGGCUUCUGCGACGGCAUCACCGAGCAGGAGUUCAAGCGCCUGCGCUCCUGCGAGAUCAAGCACGGUCGUCUGUCCAUGAUGGCCACCAUCGGCUACAUCGCCCCCUUCUACGGCACGUUUGAGGGGUACCUGUCCCCCUCCAAAGGCAUCAAGUUCGCGGACCUCCCCAUGGGAGUGCAGGCGGCCACCAAGAUCCCCAGCGGCGGUUUCGUGCAGAUCCUGCUGUUCGCGGCGCUGGUCGAGUUCGGGCUCGGGGGCGACAGGGGCAUCGAGGAGUGGAAGACGGGGCCCGCCGGCGACUACGGCAAGGGCUUCCUGGGCAUGUUCGGACCCGUGUUGGACCCAGAGAAGAAGAAGCGCUCCUUGAACUCUGAGAUCGCGAACGGGCGACUGGCCAUGGUGGCAAUCACCGGCAUGGUGCUCCAAGAGGGGGUCGCGGGAGGCACGGGCAUCGAGAUGUGGGUGCCCCCGGCCGCGGUGGUCAGCUAUGAGUCUGGCAAGGCCCGCUUCACGCUCCCUGACGGGGUGGAGGCGCCGAAGAAGUGGAGCGCCGCGGCCGAGCUGGGCGUGCAGGCGCCCACUGGUUUCUGGGACCCGGCCGGCUUCUGCGACGGCAUCACCGAGCAGGAGUUCAAGCGCCUGCGCUCCUGCGAGAUCAAGCACGGUCGUCUGUCCAUGAUGGCCACCAUCGGCUACAUCGCCCCCUUCUACGGCACGUUUGAGGGGUACCUGUCCCCCUCCAAAGGCAUCAAGUUCGCGGACCUCCCCAUGGGAGUGCAGGCGGCCACCAAGAUCCCCAGCGGCGGUUUCGUGCAGAUCCUGCUGUUCGCGGCGCUGGUCGAGUUCGGGCUCGGGGGCGACAGGGGCAUCGAGGAGUGGAAGACGGGGCCCGCCGGCGACUACGGCAAGGGCUUCCUGGGCAUGUUCGGACCCGUGUUGGACCCAGAGAAGAAGAAGCGCUCCUUGAACUCUGAGAUCGCGAACGGGCGACUGGCCAUGGUGGCAAUCACCGGCAUGGUGCUCCAAGAGGGGGUCGCGGGAGGCACGGGCAUCGAGAUGUGGGUGCCCCCGGCCGCGGUGGUCAGCUAUGAGUCUGGCAAGGCCCGCUUCACGCUCCCUGACGGGGUGGAGGCGCCGAAGAAGUGGAGCGCCGCGGCCGAGCUGGGCGUGCAGGCGCCCACUGGUUUCUGGGACCCGGCCGGCUUCUGCGACGGCAUCACCGAGCAGGAGUUCAAGCGCCUGCGCUCCUGCGAGAUCAAGCACGGUCGUCUGUCCAUGAUGGCCACCAUCGGCUACAUCGCCCCCUUCUACGGCACGUUUGAGGGGUACCUGUCCCCCUCCAAAGGCAUCAAGUUCGCGGACCUCCCCAUGGGAGUGCAGGCGGCCACCAAGAUCCCCAGCGGCGGUUUCGUGCAGAUCCUGCUGUUCGCGGCGCUGAUCGAGUUCGGUCUCGGGGGCGACAGGGGCAUCGAGGAGUGGAAGACGGGGCCCGCCGGCGACUACGGCAAGGGCUUCCUGGGCAUGUUCGGACCCGUGUUGGACCCAGAGAAGAAGAAGCGCUCCUUGAACUCUGAGAUCGCGAACGGGCGACUGGCCAUGGUGGCAAUCACCGGCAUGGUGCUCCAAGAGGGGGUCGCGGGAGGCACGGGCAUCGAGAUGUGGGUGCCCCCGGCCGCGGUGGUCAGCUAA